AUGGUCCUCCAAAACACAAACAAUAUCACAGAUAACCAUAAGUCCUUCAGAUACAACGAUGCAAGAAACAAAAUCAAGGCCAAGAGCAAAACCAAAACGAAAAUGUUCCCUCCCUAUAUACCCUUACUAGCUAGAACUCAAAACCUGGCCUCACACAUGCCAUGGGUGUUGAAGAGGUACUACACAAACGAGGGAAGGUUGAUUCUGAAAGAGGAGAAGAUGAAGCACCACGAGUACUUUCGUGCACAUAGGGCCAAUGGUAGACUCACAUUGCACCUUGUUAACGUUCCCUUUGAUGGCCAUAAUGAGUACUUUGAAGAAGCAACACCAUCUAAUACUCCACAUGAUGAAGAGGUUCAUUAUCACACUAAUAUUGUUACUAGUAAUGAUAGGUUUGAUGAAGUUGAAGAGAAUAUGGCUAGUUGUUAA